ACGCCAUACAGCACUUGCUUGCCUCCUUUUGCAUGUCAUGCCAGGUCAAAAGUACAUACCGCUAAGCAGCGUGGAGAAUGGCGAGGAUCUAUCAUUUCAACAGUCAUCUAACAGAACCGGCUCGAGGUCCCACCUAACGAUCAAAAGCCUGGCCAUCAAUGCAAUCACCUUUGCAGCCGGCUUGUCAAUAGGAAUCUUCUUCAACAGUUGGGGCCUCAAAAGUUAUGGCGACCAACUCAAACAGUACUCGAUGGUACCAUCACCGGCAUUUGAAGCAAUAUCUAAUCAGCCAUUGACGCUCACACACCAUGAUCUUGAAGGUCAUGGCCAUGCAAGCCCAUACCAAGGAUUUCCCACUCCUGAGAGAACAGCUAGAUGGAUGGAGUUAAUGAAUGGAUACUCGAUACGCGUACCAUCAUCAUCUUUGGACGCGUUGAAUCUCGAAAGCAUUCCUCUAAACGAUGAAUCGGGCGAUGUCUGGGUCUCAAUGAAUGUCUAUCACCACUUGCACUGCUUGGACUCCAUCAGACAUCAGGUUGCCGGAAUAGGCUGCGCAAACCCAAAUGACCCAGCCGCCAAUCACACUGGCCACUACGACACGGACAGCGAAGACUAUUUUCCGCCGCACAUAGAUCACUGCAUCGAGACCCUACGGAAGAGGCUUAUUUGCCAGCCAGACCUCGGAGUCAGGGCAAUUGCUUGGAACCCUGAUAAGCCUGGUGUAGCAUUUGCUAAUAACACCGUGGAAUCGGCGUGCGUCAAUUGGGAUGCCGUGCAGGAUUGGACUAGACAACAUUCUUUCUCAGAAGAGGAAAAGUUGAUCACUCGGCCUGAUGGUGCUAUCUAUCGCGGGCCACGGACCCCACCUGCCCGGUGCGGACAAUAG